AUGGCCGACACAAACACAGAGGUCUCCAAGGUGAGUGAUGCUAAAUGCGGGCCUGAAGCGGGCUUUUGCCAGGAUCCGGCCCAGAGCAGCCUCAACAACGAUAUCGACAAUUCUUAUGUAUUUGUGUCGGGCAAUGACAGUCUUCCCGAUGACGAUACUCUCAACAAUAAGGAUAUUGAAGCUUCAGAUCCUGAUUCUAGAGAUCCCCAUUCCCCUGCCCAGGAGGAGGUAAAUGUGAAUGAAGAUCCUCUGCCACUUAUAGAUGAUAAUGGUGAUUCUCUUGCUCAAAAAUUUGAAAAUUUAGCACAAGUUGAGGUACAGAAUCUCGAAUCUCAAAUUGUGGGAUCGGGAGUGUGUCAGGUAUUGCCAGAUGUGGUUGUGGCUGAGCCUGAAUUGAGCGCGGGCCCCACAGAGGAGGAGAUGAAGCUAAAGAGUCCAUUGGCAGAGAAUGAAGCUUCGUUACAAGUGGAUUUUGAUAAGACCGCGACAGACGUGGCCGAGCAUGAAUUGCAAGAUGUUAACGAGAAGGCCGAGGACAAAGCAGAAGCUGUUGAACUCAAAGUCCCCGUCUCAACUUCCGUGAAUUUUGGUGAAAUAAAUGUGGUUGAGGAUGUUGUUGAUCCUACAUUGCAGGUAAUAUUAUCAAAACAGGUGUUGGAAAAUGGGGAAAUUCACUCCUCAACUUCCUUGGAUGUGGACUUGGGGUCGAGUUCGGUAAUUAUUAAGGAAGAAGAGACUGACAUGGUCGAGUGCAAAUUGCAAGAUAAUGAAAUAAAGUUAUUGGGAGAUGUGGCAGUGGAAGCUUCAGAACAUGAAGUUCCCUUAUCGAUUUCCUUGGAUUUGGCCAAGGAAGAAACAGACCUGACUGUGGAUGUUGAUGAGCUUGAAUUGCGAGAUGAGAGCGUGAAGGCUGAGAACAAGAUAAGUUCCUCUCAAGUGCUGGAAAAUGGGGAACAUGAAAUUACCCCUUCAACUUCAUUUGAUUUGGGGUCUAAUUUGAAUUAUAGCAAAGAAAAUGUACAAGUGAUUGAGGAUGUUGAGCGUGAAAUGCUGGAAACUGCAAAUUGUGAAGUUCCCCCGUCAGCUUCCCGAGAUUUGGAUUUAGAGUUGAGUCCAGUUGUGGAGUGUGAUGUGCAAGAUGUGAGCUUGAAGUCUGAAAACGAGUUAAAGUUACCAGAAGAAGUUGCCCAUAAUUCGGAACAUGAAGUUCCGUUAUCGGUUUCCUUUGAUUCGCAGAUUGGGUCGAAUACAUUGAGUGCCAAGGAAGAAGAAGAUGUUCCUGUGGACAUUGUUGAUUGUGAACACCGAGAUGAAAGCGUGAAGGCUGAAAACGAGAUUAAGUUCUCAGAAGUGUUGGAAAAUGGGGAAUGUGAAGUUAGCCCCUCAACAUUGAGUGAUUUGGGGUCUAACUUAGUUAAUACCAAGGAAAAGACGGAAGUGGUUGAAGAUGUCGAUUGUGGAAUGGUGGAGACUCCCCAAUGUGAAGUUCCCCUCUCAACUUCCCCAGAUUUGGAUUUGGAGUUGUGUCCAAUUGUGGAGUAUGAAGUGCAAGAUGUGAACAUGAAGACCGAAGAUGCUGAAGAUGAGGUGAAGUUAUCCGAAGAAGUUGCCCGAAAUUCAGAACAUGAAGUUCCUUUACCAGCUUCCUCAGAUUUAAACUUGGAGAAGAAUCCAGUGAAUAGCAAGGAAGAAACUGAGGUGUCUGAGAAUGUUCUUGAGCGUGAAUCACAAAAUGAGAACACGAAGGCUGAGAUCAAGGCGAAGUUGUGUAGCGAAGUUGUUGAAAUUGAACAAGAAGUAGCAUCGCCGAGUUCACACGUGACAGUGGAACCUGAAGUUUGUGUUGGUAAUGUUUCUGCCUUAAGCAGUGCAGAAAUUAGUGGUGAUGUAACUUCCGGAUGUAGAACAGACAUUUCUCAUAGCUCUGAUGUUGACAAACAAUGUGCAACUAGCAUUGAGUUGGAGACAGAAAAUGCUGAAGAUGUUGCUGAUCAAAAUGAUGGUGUUUCUGAAGAUGUUGCUGAUCAAAAUGAUGGUGCUUCAGGAAGUGCUUCAGGAAGCAAUAAUAUGAACUUGGUGUCGACUGACAAUGAUGACACUGGAGAUUCACGAGACAGCAGCACAACAUUUAGUUCCAUUUCAGAUACAAUCCACAGGGACGAAGCAAUUAGUGUUAAAACAAAGAUAAAGCCGUUCAACUUUUUGGUUAGGGUUCCAAGAUUUGAUGAUGAAAGUCUGAAAGAACAAAUCAGGAUGGCAAAGCUGAAUAUCGACGAGAAAACAAAAGUCAGGGAUGCCAUUCAAGUCCAGAUUCGAGAGAAAAGAGCCAAUAGUCAGAUUCAUGGCAUUGAUUACGAAUAUGCAAAGAGUGAGGGUCGAAAUGCACGAAAGCUUGUGAGGUUGAAACGUAUGGAAAUAGAUUCUCUACAGGCCGUGAUCAACAAAGCCAAGAAUGCAUUAUCUAUUGAGGAUAUUGAUAGUCAGAUAUACAGUAUGGAACGAAUGAUACAACACGAGACUCUUCAAUUGAAAGAAGAAAAGCAGCUAAUUCGUGAAAUCAAGCAGCUGAAGCAACUUCGCGAACAGUUGUCCUCUAACAUGGGUAGCCAAGAUGAAAUUAAGCAGGCUCUCGAACAAAGGGAGGAGGUUGAAGAACGUCUAAAGAUUCAUAGGAAGGAGCUAGAUGUCUUGAAAGAUAAAGUCAUGAAAGCCGAAACAGCUGCCCUGGAAGCAGAGAAGAAAUAUGAUGAUGAAAACAGAAAGGUUAAGGAGCUUCAAGCUCAGUUUAGGGUGGCUGAUGAGGUUCGCCAGGCGGCAUAUUUUCAGUGGCAGAGUUUGAGAAAGGAACUGUCAAACAAGAGCCAACAUUUUUCCAAGUACAGGAACGACGCAGCCAUUGCCAGUAAAUACGCAUUCAGCGGGGACACGGAGGCGCUCUACCGCUUGUGCACGAAUAACGUCGAAGAUUUCAUGGAACUCUGGAAUGCAAACGACGAGUUCCGCCAGGAGUACACCAAGUUCAACUCGAGAAGUACUUUGAGGAGAUUUGGCACUCUAGACGGCCGCACACUCGGCCCAGAUGAGAACCUGCCUGUACUACCCAGUUACACUGAAGAGAGAGCCUAUAAUAAUAAUAGAGUUAUAGUCCAAAAACCCACUGAGGCAAACCGAGCAUCACAAUUCCCAGCUCUGAAGCCAAAGCAGGAGAGGACAAGCAUUAAAAGCGUUAAGAAAGAGGUGGACGAAACUUUUUCUCCUAGAGGGACGGGUAAAGGUCCCAUUGUGUCCGUUCGCGAGAAUGGUUCAUCGGGUGAUGUUUCAAGUGAGGAGAUCACACGUGAGGAGACUGAGAGGUCGAAGGAGGAGAUUGAGGUGGCCAAGAAGGUGGAGGAGAAGGAGAGUGCCGAGACAGAGGCAAUGCUGAAGGAGAAGAGGCGAAUGGAGGCUGUGGCGAAGGCACAUGAGGCACGCGAGAGGAAGAAGCGCCAGGCGGAGAAGAUGCAAAUGAGGGCGGAGCUCAAAACACUCAAGGAGGCUGAGCAGAAAGAAAAGGAAAGGGAGAAGAGACUGAGAAAGAAGGAAAGAAAGAAGGCUGCUGCAACAGAUGGCGUGAACGAUACUAACAAUAGUGAAAUUGGUCAGAGUUCCGAAAGCGCUGGCGAAAAUAGUAAGGAAAUAGAAGCAAAGGAUGUGUCUUCUUCGACUGUAGCUAAAAAAUCAAAGAAAAAUUGGUGGUUCGGUAAACAAGGCAAGACAAAAUCCAUACCCCCACCUCUUCGUAAUCGGAACAAGAAAAAACUGCAGCAGUGGAUGUGCGUGGGUGUCACUAGCGCGGUUAUUUUAGUUCUGUUCUGGCUGGGUAAUAUAGGUGUAUUUUCAAACUUCAAUCCACCUGAGCAUCGCCGGUGCUUUUCCCGGCCAGAUUUCGCUCCUCCGUCCUCUAUAAGCUUCAAACGUAAUAGCUUGGCAUCGACCAUGCCUAUGGCGCGUGUGGAUUUGCAGGAAAUGAAGGCCGCAACUGAGAUCUCUAAUGUGGGCAUACUCGAGGAUAAUUGUGAAUUUGGCAGGAGAUUGUGCCAGAGUCCUUGCAAGUCUGAUACCAAUGGUACUAUCUACAACAGACAAGUCAAUGAUGUCAAAAGUUCCAAUGUUAUUGUGAUUGUGGCUGAUUCCCCCAGUGAUGAUGCUGUUAAUGGUGAGGAUGUUAUUGCUAUGGAAUUGAGGGGAUCAUCUAAAGUAAAUAUCGAGCUUGAUCAAUUCGUUGAAUGUAGUGAUCCAAAUGAAAUUCUGGAUUCUCUGAAUAUGGAAGCUAGCAUGCAGGAUUCCAGCUGUUCACCAAAAUGGAAUGCUGAGUUUGAAAAUCAAAUGACUGAACUGGAUGACCAAGAGAAUUUAGAAGCUGCGAAUGGGGAAGUUAACGAGCAGGAUUUGAAAUAUUCACCGAUACUAAAUUCUGUGGUUGAUGGUCAAGCUAAGGAAUCAGAUGAAGAAAAUGAGAAAUUGGAUGCUGCAAAUUGGGCAUUGAAUGAGCAGGGCUUGAUUGGUUCACCAAAGUCAAAUACUGAGUUUGAAAAUCAAGUGGUGGAAUCAGAUGACGAAGAUGAGAAACUGGAUGCCGCAAAUGGGGAAGUUAACAAGAAGGACUUGAAUGGUCCACCUAAAUCAAGUACUGAGGUUGAAGAUGAAGUGGCAGAAUCCAAUAAUCAUGAUGAGAAAUUAGAUGCCAUGACUGGGGAAGUUAGCGAGCAGGAUUCAAAUGGUUCACCAGAAUCAAUUAUCGAGGGUGAGGGUCAAGUGGCGGGAUUUACUGAUCAGAGCAAGAAUUUAGAUGCUGUGAAUGGGAAAGCUAGUGAGCAUCUAAAUAUGGGGGCUGCUGGGAACAUGAAGGAGGCUGAGGAUUUUCCUCCUUUGGUAAAGAGCAGUUCCCUUGAGGAUGGACAUGGGUUCCACAUUUCUUCUGUUAAUUUGGAUAGGAAAACUAGAAGUUGGAUGGAAGUUGUUACUCUCCCACCUCAAUGUGUUGAUCUGAAAGUCAAAUCUCGAGUUCAUAAACCUUCUGCUGUAAGUAGUAGUAGAAAAAUAAAUGGCAAUGUUAGUACCCCUUGUAAAGAAGAGGUUCCGAAUACCUUUGAUGUUAAGAAUGUCGUUGCAUCAAAAACGGAAGAUGCUGAGGAUGUGGCAGAUCUAGUGAUCAAUGCAGGGAGUGGCAAAGAGAAAUCGUACCUCGAGGAAAGUGGGGGCACUGGAAAUUGUAACAGCCAUAAAAUAUCCAUUGGUUCAUUGGAGAGUUCUAGUGCUGAUGUGAUCAGUUAUGAGGAAGCUAAUGUUAAGGCUGUUCCAAAGCCGUUCAAUUUUCUGAUUAGGAUUCCGAGAAUGGAUGAUAGGACUCUUCAAGAACAGAUAAGUCUUGCACAGAAAGAACUUGAUGAUAAGACAAGACUCAGGGAUGAUAUCCAAUUUGAGAUCCUCGAGAAAAGAGCCAACAGUCAGAUUCAUAGGGCUGCUUAUGAGAGUGCCAAGGAUGAACUUAGAAGUGCAAAAAGGUUGGUGAGUUCAAAACGCAUGGAGAUAGAUUCUCUUCUGACUGUGAUCAGCAAAGCUAAAAAUGCAUUGUCUGUUGAGGAUAUAAAUAUACACAAGAUGGAGCAUGCAAUUCAACACGAGACCCUUUCUCUGAAGGAAGAAAAGCAGUUCAUUCGUGAAAUGAAGCAACUUAAACAGCUUCGGGAACAACUACCUGCUAACCUUGGCAGUCAGGAUGAAAUCAGACAGGCUCUUGAACAGAGACAUGAGGCUGAAGUGCGUUUAAAGAUCUUAAGAAAGGAGCUUGAUAUCCUUAAAGGUAAUGUUGUAAGAGCUGAGGCAGCUGCGUUGGAAGCAGAGAAGAAGUGUGAUGCUGAACAUAAAAAAAUAAAGGAACUUCAGACGAAAUCCAGAGCAGCUAAUGAUGUCCGCCAAGCAGCAUAUAUUCAAUUGAAGAAUCUCCGACAACAACUUUCUGCCAAGAACGACUACUACUUCAAAUACAAGGAUACAGCAGCAGCUGCCAAUCGUUAUGCAUUCAAUGGGAAUAAAAAAGCACUCCAUGAUCUGUGCACGAAUCAGGUUGAAAAUUUUAUGGAACUUUGGAACACGAAUGAUAAAUUCCGCCAAGACUAUGUCAAGUUCAAUGAGAAGAGCACGUUGAGGAGAUUCGGGACUUUGGAUGGCCGUUCACUCGGCCCUCAGGAAAAGCCACGUCUUCUUCCCAGUUAUUCUCAUGAGAGAGUUGGUAAGAUGAGCUCAACACCAGCCAAGGCCAAUUUGGUAUCACAAGUUCCAACUCCAGAGCUGAAGAAAAAAACAACUGUGAAACCUACUGAAAAUGCGGGAAAUAAACGGUUGGUAAUUCAAGAGGAGCCAAAGAAACUAAGGGAAGAGGCUGUAUUGAGUGAGAAGGCAAAAGAAGUAUUGAGGCGAGAGGAGACUGAGGCCAAAAUGAAGGAGCAACGUCGAGUUGAGGAGAUAGCCAAGGCUGACGAAGCACGUGAGAAGAAGAGAAGGCAAGCGGAGAAAGUGCAGAUGAGAGCUGAAUCGAAAGCACUGAAAGAAGCUGAAGAAAAAGAAAAGGUAGCCAGCGUGGGAAAUCCAGCUCCACGUAGGCUUAAAGAG